CUGAUUUUCAUAUCCAGAUCGAUCGGCUACUUCAACAUGAUUACAGGCGUGUCUCUGCUGCUGCCUCUGGCCGUAGUUUCACUUUUCCCCGCCCUCGCUUCUGGUGCCGACUAUGGCGACGAGGUCAAUCCCGCUUCACAAUUCAAAACGAAGACGAUUCCAGAUGGAACGAUGCCUCCAUUGCCGGAUUUUGGGGUGCUCGCAGAGAAUCGUUUGAGUUCUUGGGAUGAUGACAAUCUUACGCUCACUACUAAUGUUUUAAUACCUGGAAAUUUUCUGGCAAGGAAGCACUUAUCAAAUGGAUACAUUGGCCUUGCUGAGGCUUCACUUGGUCCAUUUUUUGAAAAAGACUUCAAUCAAACACAUCGAGAUGGAAAGCAGCCAACGGAACCAUGGCCAGAAUUCAAUCCUCGUCAGAGUUUUGCAGGUAUUAUCGGAUUCUUCGACCGACAACAUAACACGACGGAAACAAACUAUCCGGAACUUCUCGAUAGAGGUGAUGAGAGUGUUAUCUCUGGUAUACCUCACUUCACUGAUAUACAUGUCACCGCUGGUGAUCAGGUGCUCAAUUCUACUGUGGACUUGGCUACUAUCAGCAAUUUUAGCAGUUCGCUGAAUUUAAUGAAUGCCACCGCAAGUUGGAGUUACACAUGGACUCCAAAUUUGAAUGGCAAUUCAAGCUUUGGGAUUGAAUAUGUGGCGUUUAUUAGUGCAGCCAGAGUUAACGUCGCGGCCGUUCAGCUUAUUGUCACACCAUUGAAUAACACAACAGAAAAUAUCACUUUAACUGAUAUACUGGAUGGUAGAAGUGCUGUUAGAUCGUUUUUGGAACAGAAGGGCCAUGAUGAUGAUGCGGCUAUAUAUGUUUCGAAUCACCCAAAUGGUCUUCCAGAUGUUUCGGCAUGGACAUACUCUACGGCAAAGUUAUCAAACAGCAGCUUAAGCUCUGUUUCGCUAAGAUCUAUCGUAUCUCCUAACAAUAAUUCUAUGACUAUUGGACAAGAAUGGGAUCUCGAGCUACUAUCUGGACAUCCAAUCACCUUUCAAAAAUUUGUUGGUAUCGCCUCUACAGACAAAUUUCCCAAUGCACAAAUGACAGCAGCUCAAGCAUCUGAUAAUGCAACAAGAGAUGGAUGGGAUGUGCUUCAUACUGAGCACACUGCAAUCUGGAACCAACGUAUGCAAAGCAGAAUCGUCGAUUACAGGAACCCUACCACCGGUCGUCUACCAGAGAACGAUACUACGGCUGAGGUUGAUCAAAUCAAUGCUGCUGUUAGUCGAUACAUGAUCCUUCAAACACUUCUUCAAGAAGAUGAUAAUGAUCUAAAUGACAACGGCAUUGGUGUUGGCGGAAUUACUGCUGAUCCAUACGCUGGUAUGACUUUCUGGGAUAUGGAUAUCUGGAUGUUCCCUGGUAUAGCUCUGACUGAUCCUGAUUAUGCUCUUCAAAUGAUCAAAUAUCGUGUCAAGAUGUAUGCUCAAGCCAAAGUCAACGCUCAAGAAGAUUACGUACAGGAAAAGUACAAGUUCGAUAAAGAUUCAAUCUUGUACUCGUGGACUUCGGGUAGAUAUGGAAAUGCAACUGGAACAGGUCCCACAUUAGAUUAUGAGUAUCACAUCAAUACCGACGUGGCAAAGAUGAUGUUGGACUACAGAAGAAUCACUCGCCAUGAGGAAUACUUCAGAAAGGAAUUGUGGCCAGUGGGGAAAUGGAAUAUCUGGAAUAUGACUGAUCCUGACGAAUGGACUAAUCACGUCAAAAAUGGCGCUUUCACUCAAGCAUCUUUCUUUCAAAUCAUGAACUCUAUCAUUUCCAUUAAAAGGGAAUAUAAUGAAACGAUUCCAUCUACUUGGCUCGACAUAGCCGAGAACAUAACUAUCCCCGUUUCUUCCUCUGGCAUCACUCUCGAAUACGAAGAUAUGCCCUCCAACAUAACCGUCAAGCAAGCCGAUGUAACGUUGAUGCUCCAUCCUCUUUCCCUUCCAGAGUCGUCCAAGCCUAUCAAUUAUACGCUCGAAAGGAAACAAGCCGACCUUCAAUAUUACACACAAAAGCAAUCUCUCCAUGGUCCAGCCAUGACAUUUGCCAUCAACACCAUCGCUACACUAAGAUACGGACAUUCUGGCUGCUCGGCCUCUACCUACAAUAAGAUAGGUGUAUUCUCCAAUCUUCGCGCACCAUGGUUCCUAAUGAGUGAACAAGCCAACGAUGACACUAACGCAAAUGGAGGAUACCCACCCGCAUUUCCAUUUUUGACCGGUCAUGGUGGUACGAUGCAAAUUGCUUUCUAUGGAUAUCUAGGUCUAGAUUCUUCACAGGACGUUCUCACUAUUCAACCAACUCUUCCUCCACCUAAACAAUAUCUCACGCUUAAUGAGUUCACUUGGGCAGGAUAUAAAUUCAGUGCUAGCAUGAAUAACACUCAUACUAACAUCACCUUUACUGGAGUCUCACCUUCUUCCUCCAAUCCCCAGAACACAACCUCGGUUCCUAUGGUUCAAAACCUCCCUGCAUCUCGCCAUCCACAACUCAAGUUCAUGCUAUCUUUCAAUCAAACCCUCACAUUAGAAAAUGAUAUGUAUUGGCAGGAUUUCACCACGCCAAAUAACCUAAUUCAAUGUCUUCCAAUCAUCGGAUCUGACGAUACCGAGUUAAAUCGCUGGCCAGAGAGUGUCAAUGACGGGGAUGUAGGAACGAGCUGGCAACCCGAGAAUACAAAUGGGUCCUCUAUCUCUAUUGAUACAACUUCUGUGGCAGGCGAAAGAAUCAAAACGAUUAAUGUGGUAUGGGGACUACGAAUUCCUACCAGCGCCUAUGUCAUGGUUUUUAACUCCACCAAUGCUUCAGAAGGAGAAGAGUUUCUCCUUCCUCUUCCUAAUCUCGAUACUCCAGAUGUGGCAGAUGUUAUCAUCACUAGAGAUGUUGAUGAGCUAGCAGAUGCUAUGUCUUCAGAUGAUUUUCCAGAAGGAAAUGGUGAAGUGUAUUCUGGGGACGAUGUAAGACUUGAGGAAGGUUACAAAACGACGUAUACACUACCUGAUGAUAAAGUAGUGUAUAUGGGAGAUACAGCUGUGCUUCAGAUUGCUGGGUGUAUAGGUAGAAGCUGUGGAGUUUUUGGAGAUGAGGCAGGGGCUACAGUGGAAGAGUGGGAGAUAAUUGGUGAAGCUUAG